CUGAGGAGGGCUGAGACUCAGACCUGCACAGACCUGGACUUCAUGAAACCUUAGAGGACCUGCUGACAGCUGAGAGUCCUGGUUCUGCUGCUCCUGGAUGAUCGGACUCUGUGUGCCUCUGAGGUCCAGAUCCACAGAGCAGACCCAGCAGCCAAGCCCCGGUCUCUGACAGAAAGCUGAGAGGACUCUGGGUCCUAAAGCCUCCAGUUCAGGCAACACAUCAGAAACAGGUGUACAAGAAAUAAACGUGUAUUUUUGCUACCAAAAAGGUUCCAGUGAUGUCAGGUCUGACGACAUGUAAAAAUGUGUCCACACCCAGAGGUCAAAGGUGUUUUUCCAGCAGUGGAGCUUAAACAAACUUCUCCACAUUAGCAGAGAUGAGAUAAAGAGGGCCGGACUUCCUUCUGGACCCAUUAGGACCUCCGGUGGUUCUGCUCAGGGUGGCCCUUCGGGUCACCAGCAGUUCUAAGAGGUUCCUGUUCCUCUCAGUCCAGCACGAUGUUCCACCUGCUCGUUCCUGCUCUCGUUCUCGGUGUGGCGGCGUCACAAUCGGCCAACACCACAGAACAGCCAGAGGAAGUUCUAAAGAACCAAACUUUGACUGUUUACGCAAACAAACACAAGGAUUUCCAGGACCGGGAGACCCGGAUCCCGUACCAGAACUGCAACCGGCCCCUGCAGCUGGAGUACAGUCACUUUUACUGUGGACGUAAUUUUCAGGCAGAAAUGGAGAACAUCGACGCAGGAGACUGGUGCGUCCUGGAAAACAUCAUCAGACCGUACAAUGACCUGACUGUGUGUUUGGAAAGACUGACCUCUCUAGUGGACUGUUAUUUCCCAAACCCUGACAUUCAGGACUUCUUCCUCCACAUCCACUCCAUCUAUUUCCACAACUGCACCGAGGAAGAGGAGGUGCUGCCUGAAGUUGCCACCAGCCUGGUGGUGGCGCUCACCAUCAUCCCUGUCAGCCUCAUCCCGGUCCUGAUUUACCCGCUGCUUUGGAAACGUUAGGAGACAAAUUAAAUUAUACUUUCUACAAAAACCUUUACUGUGUGAAAUGUUGACCACUGGAGGGCGCUCAUGUGCCAAAUCUGCUGCACAAAAUCAGAUUUAAAAACAUGAAAAGUUCAGGAGUGUUGUUGGCUUGUUUUUUUCACAUAUAAAAUAAAAAUGUGCGUAAUGUUUUUUUUAUUGAAAUAAAAUGAAUCUUUGUCAUUAAAUAGAGAAA